CCCGAGUCUUGAGGUUGGUGACGCGACAAGAUCAUUUCAGGUUCAGAUGGGCCCCUUGCUUCGCAGUUAGCAAGGGAGUGCACUUAUAAGGUGACUUCUGCCUCGCUGCCACGCAUAUGAGCGAGUACUUGCAUAAUAUUGUCUGCUUUUCGUUCUCCUGCCGGUUUCACGCGGUGUCCACUCCUUCAAUUUAAUCAUCUGCCGCUCCUUCCAAUCAAAUUAGCAAGAUGCAGCUUUCCGGUCUCUUUGUCACAGCUUUCGCCCUCUUCGCGUCUCACGUAUAUGCUCAGGGCCGUCCCCACGGGAUUGAUACUGGAAACGAGCUAUGUACGGGUCAAUGUCUGCCUGAGCCUUCCCAUCUUCCAUGCAACAGGCCAAAGUGGCAAGCAACACUUGGCUGCUAUAUGUGCUGCCUUGAGAAUGACGACGCGGGUGCUUUUGCAGAUCAUAUGCCAGAAGACAUCUUUGAUGGAGACAUCCUUGGUGACGGCGAUAUCAUCGACGACAGUGAGGUUUAAUUGCCUAUAUGUGUCUCGGGGACUCGGGGUUUUAUCAAGGGGAGGGACUGGAUGAGUUUUUGACAAUAUAUCAAAAUGUGGCACAUCCAGCUUAUCAUAUGCCAAACACCUCGUAGCAUGUAUAUUCUUCGAAUCGGAAAGGCUUUGGCCAAGGUCCUUUAAUCAGCGAGUCUGGAUGGAAGUGUGUCGUAU